UACCGCCGGAGCAGCUUGGGAAGAGCUCGUGUUAUCCGGGAUUGGCACCUCUUUAUUGGCCAAGAAACGAAAGUUUUUCCGCGAGUUCCGCAGGCUAAACGGAGCACCAUUAUAAUUCAAAUAGUCCAUACUCCAAUGAUUAGUGGCAUAUCCCGAUAAAAAGGAUACAAUACCCAAGGAUAUAAAUCGGGACGACAAGUGGUUUUCGAGUUGUUUGCCCGUCGGUGGCCCGGACUUGAUGGCUUUGACAUUGGCGCCACAUUUGCAUCCGGGCAGGUGUAAAUAUUCAUUACUCUGUAGCUGGAAAGUUGCUGCCUGCUUUUAGCAUAAUUAAGCGCAUUAGGGCGGGUCGGCACCAGCCCCGCUCCCAGGCCACCACUCUUGCAGCGUCCUGCAAUCGUCCUGCGGCGCCACAAGGAAAGGACAAAAAACUUGGCCAAAGCCUUGAAACUUUGAAGAGCAGCCGCCAGUCAAAGCAGCUUUAAGGCUCCAAAGCAAACGAACUGCAUGGCUUUUGAAGUGAAUUACGGCUAAGCGAUGAGGCUCCUGAUCACCCAAGGAUGUCCUUUUCUGAACGCAACACACCCAGCCAUGGGCAGGGAUCAGGAGGAACUGGGAGUGGAUCGGGCACCUCCACGCAUCGCACCCACCAGAGGCCACCUGAUGUUGAGGAGGCUCUCUCCUCGAUGCUAUGGACUCCUUACGAGCGCACGCCAGUUCCUAGCUCCUCGGAGGAGGAGGCCGAGGAGGAAGACGACGACGAACGACUCAACCGGCAGCUUCGCAAAUCGCACAGCAGCUAUGAAGCCUCGGCGUUAAGCCGAUCGCAGCACCCCCACCUUCCCCUCACCUUUGCCCACCACCGACAGGUCCUGGACAGCGGAUCCAAUGCCCUGCUUCUGCCCCCCGUGCCUUCGUUUCCUCUGUUCAGUUUGAGCGCCUUCGAUGCAGCCAUUUCCGACUUUGAUCAUCUCGGAAAGAGCGGAUGGUCCAGUAAUAGCGGCAGGCGGAACCGAUACUCGUUCCCCGCCUAUCUGGGUAGUCCUCCCGGCCACUCUCUCACCCAGUGGUGCUCCUCGUCUGCCGCCCCAAUCAAGGAGCCACCCUCUUACGACUCAUUGUAUUCCUCCACCUCGGACGCCAAAGGUGCUUCGCCGGCUCCGCCCACCUCCCUGCUCCUCAAAGCCGGCGUGGGAGCGGUCCUCGAACCAUGUGAUAGAUCGCUACGAUCGCCAACGAAAAAAACAGCAGCCGCCGCUGCAGGAAAGGAUCCAAAAGAGGAUGGGCAGGAGAUAGUAGGAUCCCAGGCUGCUCCACUAACGGCUAAAGUUCCCGCUGGACUGGGUCUAAAGCGCUCCUUUACGGAUGACUACAUAUCGCAGAACUGCGCUUCAUUCACGCCAGCAACAAUAAACAACACCGAGAAGACAGCAACCACUGAGGCGACGGAAACCCAAAGCCGGAGCCGAGCAACGAAUGCGAGAUCACAACAAAGCGAGGAAAACUCUAGUGCAACGAAUUGCAUUAUCAAUGAACAGAGAAGCGAUGCAACAACAGCAACACCAUCGGCAACUGCAACAUCAGCAGAAACUGCAGCAACAACAAAGUUGAACGAGGAAACCAGCUCAGUGGCAGUGCAGGUCAGUCAACCUGUUUCCUGUGUCGUGGUCGGCAGAGAGCCAAGAGCGAGCAAGAGAGUGGAGAACGGAGCAGCUAGCGAAGCAUCUGGAGGCAACACCAUCGCCAUCGCCACCGCCAGCUAUACCAGUUCACGCUCAGCGAUCAGUCUCUCGGCAACUUACGACGCGCGAACAUCGAGCGCGUGUAGCAGCAACUACCCCACCAGCAGCAGCAACCACUACCGCAACAGCAACCCGUCGAGCAACACCACCAGCAGCAGCGUGCUGCGUCCCAACAAAUGUUUGGCAGAACUCGAGCGUCUCUAUGCCGAAUUUCGCGCGAGUGAAAGCAGAUUUGAAUCUGACAUAGCCAACGCCAAUAUGCGUGUGAGUGUGCCAGCCACAGAAGCUGCCCCUGCAACAGCAACAGCAACAACAUCAGCAAAUGUUGCUUCUAGCAGCAGCAGCAGCAGCAGUGUGUUUCUUAAUGCAACUACCGAGAAUCGAGUUGUCGAUGAGGCGGCCAAGAGCGUUAGCCAUGUUGCUGUGCUGCCAGCUAGCAAGUCCUGCCAGCGACAGCCGAGCCUAACGAUCCAAGUGAACAACAACAACAGCAAUGGCAACGGCAAUGGCAAUGGCUACGAUGGUAAUGGCAACACUAACGGUACUAACAACGGUAAUCGCGUCUCAGUGGCAUCUUCGCCCACGAGCAUCGUUAGUAACAACAACAACGGUGUGUGUGUUGUCAACUGCAGCUACACCCCCAAUAGCAGUAGCUCCAGCACCACCCAAACCACCCAAACCCCCACCACCAACAACAACAACAACAACAGUGUGGUGGAAAUUAAUAAUUGUGUGCCAGCAACCAAAGUGUUCAGUGCGAGUGUACAAAAUAAGCUGAAUAAUAAUCCGAGUCCAGAACCAAAAGUUCCGGACCACAGUGUCAAUAUAAUCAAUGUGAACCCGCGCACCUUCACCUCCAUCGAAUGCCAAACCGACGACCUGACCCCCAGUCCAGCCACUCCCUCGGAGACCCAGGAUCAGCGGCAACAGCAGCAGCAGCAACAGAUCCGGACACGCGAGCAACGUCGCCGCGAGAGAAGGGAGCGCCGGCAGCAGCAACAGCAACAACAGCACUUUCCGCCGCAUCAUCCACGACGGCCUCCACCUCCGCCCUCCAUGCAGCCACAGCUGCACCCGCCCCCGCAUCUGCACCACCCUCAUCCACAUCCCGCUGCCCUGGGACUGGCGCGUGCUCUGUUGCCGGACAUCCUGCAUCCGCACUACCCGCCGCCGUACAGUGCUCUGCCCGUUCCGGUGGCAGUACCCGUGCCCGUGGCUGUGCCACCACCGCCUCCACCGGCUGCCCCCAGUGGUGGUCCUCCGCCGCCGCCUCCACCGGCGCUGACCUCCGUGAUUUCGACGGUGCCACUGCCCGGGACGCUGCCAGCGCCCCUCAUGAGUGACGGGCGCUUCACGUUGCCGCUGCCCAUCAUGCGCAGGUCCCCCUCCGAGAGAUCCGGCAAGGGAUGCUGCGGCCAGUGGUUCGCCGGUCCGCCGCUGCGCGCCCUCAUAGCCGUUGUGGCACUGGGAGGCGUGGCCUGCGCCCUCGGCGGAGCAGCCCUGGGGGCCACCAGCCUGGCCGGACCGCCAAAUUCGCACCUAACCGCCGCCCUGCUCAUGAUCGGAGUCGGCGUGGUUCUGGUGACUGUGAGUGGCGCCGCGUGGAGAAUGACAGCGCCCGGGGGCCAGAGCUGCCUCGGACUCGGACUGGGCACUAGCGUGGACCUAGGACGCUGCGGACGCAGGCCUUGCAGCCGAGGAGGAGGCGCCCCGCACGGACUGCUCUAUCCGGAGUUCCAGCACCGCCCACCGCCACCCUCCUACCAGGCCAGCAUGCAGGAGUACCGGCUGAGACUUCUGUUGUUGGACCGCGAUCGCCAGAACGGGGUUGUGCGCGGCAACUCCCCGCCGCCCACUUAUCGAUCUCAUGCGGGCAGCCUGCUGAGGGCGCCUUUGACCACCCUGCGCUCCGGCAUGGGCGGCGGUGGAGGAGCUGGUGGGGCCGGUGGCACCAUCAGCAGCAGCAUGGGCGGAUCGGAGUAUAGUCUGCCACCCAGCUACCGCUCCAGGAAUGCAACGCCCGCCAGUCUCGUUUGCAGCGAACGGAACAUCGAGACGGCUCCGUCCGGACGACUGUUGGCGAACGAGGAUCUGCAGAUGCCGGAGCCGUCGGUGGUGGAGCAGUUGCCGGACUACGCUGCAAACACCCUGCUGACGUCCGCCAUCGUGGAGAUAGAGUCCUCCAACCGAGCCCCCGAGAGGGAGACUACUACACGGGAGAGAGGGAAGGACCUGGUGACCAUCGUGACCAUCUCGCAGUCGCCGUCGGGGAGCGGCAGCCAGGCGCAAGGUCAGACCCAAGCUGGCCAGGCUAGUGCCCUCGAUCAGAUCGAUAUAUUGGCGCACCUGUAGCGGUCCUGGGGACAUCCCCCGGUGUCCGGAGUCCGGACCACUCGUUAACCCAAAGGUAUUUAUUUGUACACGGAACUCACGCUGCUCCUAAACGACAAUGUAAUCUAAACCAAUAUCUGUAAUUUGUAAUCUGUAGCGUUUAACUCGUAAGAUAAGAUGUUUGUUGUACUUGAAUGUGUUGAAUUUAUUUUUGUAAGCAUUAAGGCCGAAGCGCGUAGUUAUUACGAAUUCUAGAUACAUGCAAUUAUACACAUACUAUACCCAUUGAAGUAUUAGAGUACCCAAAAAAUAAAAAAAUGUUAAAAAGCGAAGGAGGAGCUAUGAACCCGAUAUGAACUCAGCCCACUAUCGAAUUGUAAAUACGAAAGUUUCGAAUGCAUUUGUAGCAUGUGUUAAGCCAAGUAACUAAAUAAAUACAACCAAGCCAGAUCAAAGAGCAGCACUAAGUAUAUGUAAUGAUAUGUAUGGAAUGUAUGUUCGUUUAUCCCUAGGAUAUACGAAACAUAACAAUCUCGCAACGGAACGCUACGGUGACAAAUUUGGCGCGCAAUUUCGGAAACCACGAAUAUCCAACACUGAAUACUGAACUUCGAUGUCGAUUUCGAUUUCUGAAUGCGUUUCGCACAAAGAAAACAAAAAAAAAAAAAAUAGUUAGACCUACCCCUAUGAUAAGUUACGACUAUAUGCGUGUCCUGCACACACACACAAACACAAACACGAACUAACUUAAAGUCCUUUCCUCUAAUAUGUGCAAGGCGACGUAAACUAAACAUCAGAAAUAAAAGGAAAAAACCCAACAAAUCGUUGAAAAAUACCACAAAA